AUAUUUGCACGUCCGGACAGCCAACCUUCGGGUAUUUACCCGAUCGUCUCCUCUCGCCGUCCAAACUGGUGAUCCGUCGCUCUACAAACCCAUAAGCGUCGAGGGUCGCCGGCAACGACGGUGGCGAUAUAACUGUACGACAUUGAUUCUAAAUCUAAUUUGUCGAAAGCGGAUUUGUCGCCUUUCUUUUGUCCCGGAUACACUUGUGCGGUUAUGUUUCGACUUGCCACCGCCCACCGUCAAGUGGCUCCGGUUCUCCAGUAGAGCUCGCCUAUUGAUUGUUUUCUUUCGUCCAUUCAGUUUCUUCUCAGCAAUUGGUAAAUUCAUUCUUCUGUCUCGUCCUGUUGCACCUGCCUCUACCUAAAAAAUGCACGCAUGGUGUUUGACGAAUUGCUUCCCCGAGCUCAACUUACAAUUUAUUGGAGAUGUUCACCUAACCAUGCCAUUUGAAUCAUAAGUACUCUACACUGUUUAAAGUAUUCGAGAAAUGCAUUGGGUUUACGGGCGGUCUCUUUGGUGUCUGUUGCUCUUCCUUGGUGUCUCAGUCAGGUGGCGUCUUUACGAGAACCUAAUUCCUAUGCUUUGUAGGUAUGCUUUUGGGAAGAACAACACAGCGUUUGCAAUUAUCUCACAUUAUGAUGAAGAUUUUGCAAUUUCAAAUCAAUUCAUCAGCUCCAUCCAACUCCCAAAAGAGAAUGCUCCUCAGUAAAGUUAUAAGGGAGUAUAUGGAUAAGGAGGAAGAGGAGGAAGAGGGGGGAGAAGGACUUUACAAUGAUGUUCCAAGGCCCCAGAAAAAAUGGGAGAGGAAGCCAUAUGCAACCCCCAUGAAAGUGCUUAUCCAUAGGGCAAAGGAAGAGAAGAAAGCCAGACAAGAAAAGCCUUGUCAGAUCAUUGAACAUGCUCCAGAGAAUGGUCUCCUUGUUCCCGAACUUAUUGAAGUGGCCCAUCAAGUCCACCGUGACAGGAUUUCCCUGCUACAUGGUCUCUCCAAGCUAAUUGAAGGUUAUCCAGCUAUCCCAGUUCAUAGAUGCAGGUUUUGUUCCGAACUGCAUGUUGGCUGGCAUGGUCAUGAAAUAAGGACCUGUCAAGGCCCUGGCAGUGGUUCUAGGAACUCUUACCAUGUCUGGAGAAAAGGAGGGGUUAAAGAUAUUCUUGGAUUUGCGUAUUGUUACCACCUUUUUGAUAGAGUGGGAAAGCCGCGAGUAGGACACAAGGAGAGGCUCAACGUUCCAAGGCUUCCAGCCAUAAUGGAACUGUGCGUCCAAGCUGGUCUUAACCUUGAUGAUUACCCAACCAAACGAAGAACUGUACCAGUGUACUCAAUUGAAGGAAGGAUUGUUGACUUCGAGGCACACAAAGAAGAGGGUGCCAAUGUAGAUCAUCUACCUGUUCCAGUAAGCUUUUCUGACUCUACUUUUGAGGAGGAAGAGAAUAUGAAUUUAAAUGAAUUGGCUACCAAAACACUAAGCUCCUGGCUGGACUUGAGAGCUGGAGCAAUGAAGAUGAUGAAGAAGUAUAAUGUGGUGACCUGUGGAUACUGCCCUGAAGUUCAAGUUGGACCAAAGGGACACAAGGUGAGGAUGUGCAAAGCUGCAAAGCAUCAGUUUCGAGAUGGACAACACGCAUGGCAGGAAGCCACUAUUGAUGAUUUGAUCAGCCCAAACUUUGUGUGGCAUGUAAGAAACCCAGAAGGACCUCCAUUGGCUAAUGUGCUCAAGAGGUACUAUGGGAAGGCUCCUGCGGUUGUGGAGCUAUGCAUUCAGGCCGGCGCACCCAUACUCAAAGAGUAUACGAGUAUGAUGAGAUUGGACGUUGUUCUCCCUGAUCUUGAUGAAUAUGAUCUUGUUUCCUGAUGAUGAGCAUUACUAAAAGAAUAAAUCUUCCAUCCUAUGUAAUCUUAUAUCAUUCAUCUGUUAAUACUAGCUAUUCCUGUUAAACUAAUAGCAAUACAUUCUUUUCCUUUUUCCUUCCUAGUUGAAACUUGUUCCUAAAGCUGAAAUUAUCAUUCGCUGUGGCCUCAUAUUUUAAGUUGUUCGUCACAGAAGAGUGGAGUGAUAUAAACUAAUGCCGGAUUUGAAUGAU